AUGUUCGAGACAAUGGUCCACCAACGGACAGAUCUCGAGCCAACAUACAAGCUUAGUAAAUUGCGUCAGUAUGUCAAGCCUGAAAGUGUCCCAAUGGUCACUGGGUUUUAUACUGGAGGAUAUGAAGAGGUUUGGGCGGAACUGAAGCGUCGCUAUGACAACCCCUAUCUGCUGUCAGAAACCCAUGUGCAACGUAUACUAGCUUUGCCAACUGAUCCACGCGACACACAGAAGGUGCUCCGGGAUAUCAUCGACUGUGUACGUAACAGCUUUCGUGCAUUAUCUGUCAUGGGGUUGCCGGUAACACAAUGGGAUGCGCUUGCGAUUCCAAUAUUGCUGCCAAAGCUGCCGGUAGCAGCAAGAAAUGAUUGGGGCAUGAGCCUCAAAGACAACGAUAUUCCCAGAUUGGAAGAUUUAUUGAGUUUCAUCGAGCGUCGCGCGAUGAAUAUGCCGGCUGCAUCGUCUGUAUCGCAGGGUGUGAGAGCACACCUAGCGUCUGCACAAGCGAAUGGUGCGAAUACUUCAAGUUGUCCACAUUGUUCGGAGAACCAUCGUCUUGCCAAAUGUCAUCGCUGGCGGAAUCUUGCAGUAACGUCUCGUUGGGAGACCGUUCCACGUUUGUGCCUUUGCUUCAACUGCCUGCGUGACGGCCAUGUCACGCGUGAUUGUUCAGCGGGAGUUUUUACGGUUUGCCGCCAAAAACAUCAUACACUUCUUUGUGGCAGUCCGACUGUUGGUGCGGGUACUAGCAUGGCCGCCACUUCCCACCAAAUGGAGUCAUCGAAUUUUAAGCCAGAACCUACAGUAUCGCAGCCUCAGGUCUUCCCACGCAGUGAACAACAGUCAAAUGUAGUUCAAUCCUUCUUGGUUCAUGGUGAUCACGUCGUGUUGUUAGCCACUGCGCAGGUUUUGCUCGUUGAUCAUCAGGGUAACCUACAUAAAUGCAGAGCUUUGUGUGAUAUGGGAUCUCAGGUGAGCUUUUUAUCAGAAUCUAUGUUUCAUCGUUUGAAUCUUCAUAGAAGAUGCUGUGUCAUGACUAUUGAAGGCGUCGGCCAAAACUCAGCGUACACUAAAGUCGUUACCACCCUUAACCUGCAUUCGAAGAUUGAUGAAGGGCUCGACAUUAGUUUCGACGCUUACAUUUUGAAUACGAUCACUUCAUCGACACCCGCGAUUCCUGUAAACACAGCCGCCUAUGAGUACUUAAGUGGUCUACAACUGGCUGACCCUACAUUUGGUUUACCGGGGUGCAUCGAUUUGCUUAUCGGUGCUGACAUUUGGAGCACCAUCCUCCAAGAUGGAGUGGUAUCAGAAGGCUGUGAUAAACCAUGUGCAUUGCGUACUCGACUCGGGUGCAUUGUGUUGGGCCCGACUAAUGCCAAAUCACACGAAUCCAAGCCUCAGUCCUUAAGUACCAAAUUAAAAGACCAUGAUCUUGAUGGGCUUCUUCGAAAAUUUUGGGAUGCGGAAGAACCACCUGAAAGCAGCACACGUUUUCGAGGAAUACCGAUGGUCGAUAUGUCGUACAAAUUUUAUUCCGAUUCAACGCUCCGGCACUUGCAAAUUCCCAUCGUGGUGCACUUCGUCAAUUCUUUAGUUUAG